CGUGGAUUAUGGGGGAGGCUACGCAUGAGUGUCACAGGAGGUAUAUGGGAAAUCUCUGUAACUUCCACUCAAUUUGCUGUGAACCUAAAACUGCUCUAAAAAAUAAAGUCUGUUCAAAAAUUAAGUCAACUCUUGCCACCUUGGUUCAUUCUUCCUUUGAUUGUGAAACUGUGGGGUGGGAGCGGGAGAGGCGACCAGCAUAACCAGCUGAGCACUCUAAAGACAUUAUCUCUAAUCACUGCAACAACCUUUUGAGAUAAAUAUUUCUAUUAUCCCCAUUUCAGAGCUGGGGAAAGAGGUUUAGGGAUUAAGCUGACUCCACCUGGAAAAUGGCAGAGCUGGCAGAGAAAACCAGGUCAGCUUGACUCCAAAGCCCACUGUCUCAGUCAUUCCACUGUAAAUGCUACAGCUCCCCGGCGUAAGGCCAGCAGCAGACCUCCAACAAUCAGAACUCCUUCUGAGCCUUACAUUAGAGAAAACGAGACCGCCGAAGAACAAAGUCAAAAUGACUGGCAAUGGUAUUAGUGGUCUCCGCUUUAGGAAAAAUAAUUUCCCAUUUAAUUCAUAAUCGUAUUUACUUAAGUCAUAGCAAUGAUACUCCUUUUCUUCUGUGUUUUUCUAAAAUGCUUUUACUAAAAAUGUAAGGUUUCAACCAGAUUUUUCUUUUGGCUUUACAGAUGAACAGUGGACAGUUUCCACUGUUUGUCAGUAAGGAAAUAGUUAAAUCUUGAGGGUACACCCUGGUGGAUAUCUCCCUCACCCAUCUGAAGAAAAGGAACAGUCACAGUCGGUUACUCCCGUUAGACCAGCGUUCGCCUGAACAUCUGUAGGCACCAUACACGGUCUCUUCACCGCCCGCCUUCUGCUGCCACGGUCAGAGUGGGCAGUCAGGGCAUCUGCCCAAGGGCUGCUGACAUUUUACACCUGGUUUAGCGGCAAAGAUUCAGAGAGGGGUGAGCAGCCCCUCUGGCAUUCAGAUAAAAGAUCUAUCCACCAUCAGAAAACAUGUCACUACAGAUGAUUACAGUCAGUAAUAACGUAGCCUUAAUUCAACCGGGCUUCUCACUAAUGAAUUUCGAUGGGCAAGUUUUCUUCUUUGGCCAAAAAGGCUGGCCCAAGAGGUCCUGCCCCACCGGAGUCUUCCAUUUUGAUGUAAAACAUAACCAUCUGAAGCUGAAGCCUGCCGUUUUCUCUAAGGAUUCCUGCUACCUCCCUCCCCUUCGCUACCCAGCCACUUGCACAUUCAGAGAUGGUUUGGAUUCUGAAAAGCAGCAAUACAUUAUCCAUGGAGGGAAAACACCAAACAAUGAGCUCUCGGAUAAGAUUUAUGUCAUGUCUGUCGUGAGCAAGAACAACAAAAAAGUUACUUUUCGCUGCACUGAGAAAGACUUGGUAGGAGACGUUCCCGAAGCCAGGUACGGUCACUCCAUUGACGUGGUGUACAGCCGAGGGAGGAGCAUGGGUGUCGUCUUCGGAGGACGAUCGUACAUAUCCUCCGCCCAGAGGACCACAGAGAAAUGGAACAGCGUAGCUGACUGCCUGCCCCACGUUUUCUUGGUGGAUUUUGAAUUUGGGUGUUCUACAGCCUACAGCCUCCCAGAACUUCAGGAUGGGCUAUCUUUUCAUGUCUCCAUCUCCAGAAAUGAUACCAUUUAUAUUUUAGGAGGACAUUCACUUGCCAAUAACAUCCGCCCUGCCAACCUCUACAGAAUAAGGGUUGAUCUCCCCCUGGGUAGCCCAGCUGUGAACUGCACAGUUUUGCCAGGAGGAAUCUCUGUGUCCAGUGCAAUCCUGACUCAGACAAGCAGUGAUGAAUUUGUUCUUGUGGGUGGCUAUCAGCUUGACAAUCAAAAAAGAAUGGUCUGCAACGUCAUCUCUUUUGAAGACAACAAGAUAGAAAUUCGUGAGAUGGAGACCCCAGAUUGGACCCCAGAUAUUAAGCACAGCAAGAUAUGGUUUGGAAACAGCAUGGGAAGUGGAACUGUCUUCCUUGGUAUCCCAGGAGACAAUAAACAGGCUGUUUCAGAAACAUACUAUUUCUACAUGUUGAAAUGUGCUGAAGACGACCUGAAUGAAGAGCAGAAAACACUCACAAAUAGUCAGACGUCCACCGAAGACCCAGGGGACUCCACUCCCUUUGAAGACUCAGAAGAAUUCUGUUUCAGUGCAGAAGCUACUAGUUUCGACGGUGACGAUGAAUUUGACACCUAUAAUGAAGACGACGAGGAAGAUGAGUCUGUCACCGGCUACUGGAUUACAUGCUGCUCUGCGUGUGAUGUGGACAUCAACACGUGGGUACCGUUCUAUUCAACGGAGCUCAACAAACCGGCCAUGAUCUAUUGCUCUCACGGAGACGGGCACUGGGUCCACGCCCAGUGCAUGGACCUGGCCGAACGCACGCUCAUCCAGCUGUCAGAAGGAAGCAACAAGUAUUACUGCAAUGACCACGUGCAGAUAGCGAGAGCAUUGCACACCCCAAAACGGGCUCUGCCCUUGAAAAAGCCUCCCCUGAAAUCCCUCCACAAGAAGGGUUCUGGGAAGAUUCUUACUCCUGCCAAGAAAUCUUUUCUUAGAAGGUUGUUCGAUUAGUUUCGCAAAAGCCUCUGGAUUCAAGUGUAUCAAAUUUUUAAACCUGUUUUAAA